AUGGAAAAACGAAUUAUUGCCUUUAUUUUUGGCCUUUGCAUCAUUAUUGGAGCUUCUACUGCUCCGGUGAACCAGUCUAUGCGAGAAUAUACUUGCCACAAUUCUCCUCGUAUUUCUUGGUAUACUUUACAUGGUCGAUCAAUGCAUACUAAUGCGAGAACGAAUUUUCUAUCAACAACGACUCAAAGCGCUAGUACAAACGGGUUCUCAAGUCUGACAACAAAGACAGUUACGAUGACUGUAGUUGCAACACCGUCGAUCUCACUGGAAGCAAUAGCAACGACUUCACUAUCUAUACCCAUUCCAUCUCCUAAUGAUAUGCCGAAAGAAUAUAGUACGAUAGACAUAAUACUAUUUGGCAUUAUUAGUAUUACGAUUACAAUAGUUAUGUAUAUUGGAGGUAAAGAUGGCAUUUUUAAAAUAGUUUGUUGCUGUAGUUCGUCCAACGACAUAGGACAAGUGCCAGAGAUUAUAAGUGAUGGUAAUAAUGCUUUAGAUAUUAUUGAACUUUACGACGUAUAG